GGGCGUCGAAAGGAGUGUGCAGCGGGCUGGCAGAAGAGAAGGAGAAGUUGUCGCCGAGGUCUGUGAUCUUCUAACCGGCGGUAGGGAAGGCGAGCAACUGUACUAUGCAGCGCCGAGGCUAGCCUGUGGCUAGCCGGCUCCGAGCAGCCCCUCUCGCCUACCUCCAGACCGGAAUUGAAGGGCUCGCCCUCUCUAGCCUUGGGGAGGUGGACGAUGAUCCCAGAACGCAGCGAAGUGGCUUGGAGUCCCCCAGGCAAAGACAAAGAAUCAUUUGAUGGUCUGUAUAAACGAGGCGGCUUGUUGGGCAAGGGCGGCUUUGGUACUGUGUAUGCUGGGCACAGGAUUGCUGAUGGACUACAGGUUGCAAUCAAACAUGUUGCCAGGAACAAGGUGGCUGAUUGGGCAGAGCUGCCCAACGGGACGGUGGCCCCUCUGGAGGUGGUGCUGAUGAAGCUAGUGUGCUCGGGGGGCGGGCACCGUGGCGUGAUCCGCCUCUUGGAUUGGUAUGACGCCCCCGAGGGCUUCUUCCUGGUCCUGGAGAGGCCAGAGCACUGCCAGGACCUCUUUGACUACGUGACAGAGCAGGGGGCCCUGCCUGAGAAGCUCAGCCGGCGAUUUUUCCGCCAGGUGGUGGAAGCGGUGGGCCACUGCCACGCCCAGGGCGUGGUCCACCGGGACAUCAAGGAUGAGAACAUCCUGGUGGAUGUGCGCACUGGCAACCUCAAGCUGAUUGACUUCGGUUCCGGGGCCCUGCUACGGGAUUCAAUCUACACCGAGUUUGAUGGCACACGUGUUUACAGCCCGCCAGAGUGGGUGGAAUCCCAGCAGUAUCAUGCUCUCCCAGCCACUGUCUGGUCACUGGGUAUCCUGCUGUAUGACAUGGUGUGUGGUGACAUUCCCUUUGAACGGGACGAUGAGAUUGUGGCUGCCAGCGUGGAGUUCCGCACUCCUGUCUCUACUGACUGCCGAGAUCUCAUCCAAUGGUGCUUGUCCCCAGAGCCUUCUGAGCGGCCCACCCUGGAGCAAGUGCUCCUGCAUCCAUGGCUAAAACAUGAGCCCCUUCUUCAGCCUGAAGAACUGCAGAACCCAGCGUCCUCCAGGGCCACAGCUUGCAACAGCAGCUGAGAGACUUAACCCUGUGUUUUGGCCUCCUCCCCUUCUGCGAUGGGGUGGUGGUGCUAAUGGUACCAAUGGAACCUCAGCCAGCCAGACUCGGUCACUGGCUGAGAAAGAGUUAACCUGGUUCUACAGGUUGUUGUGUUUUCCCUUUAUGCAAACUGAACUAAUGGACAAGAGGGGAUUCAUACCAAUGAGCUGGAAGUGCUCUCAGCUACCGAAAUGAUGUUUGACUUCUGGCCUGCCCAGCGACCAGACAUCUCCAUACGUGUAAAUACUUGUGUAUUGCUAUUUCUCCCCAGCCUUUGGGGUGAAAAAGGACAAUGGGGUGGAUACCUACAUCCCCUGCAACAGAAUCUCUCUCUCUCUCUCUCUCUCUCUCUCUCUCUCUCUCUCUCUCUCUCUCUCUCUCUCUCUCUCUCUCUGUGUGUGUGUGUGUGUGUGUGUGUGUGUGUGUGUGUGUGUGUGUGUGUGUCCUUUUUUAAAGGAAUUUUUUUCCAAAGAAAUUUUGGCCACCAGUAACUCUGUGGACAUCUAUUUAAUAAAACAAAACAAAACACAACCUUAUGAAAUUGAAUCCUUAUUCCUGUCUCUCUUUCUCCCUCCUCCCCACCCACACUUUCUUAAGUUUGAAGAACAAUUCAUCCUCAGUACAUUUACAUCUAAGGUUCAUACAUAAUGCUAAGCCAUGAUGUGGUUUGCUGGAAUCUGGCUUGUUUUGUUUCUGAACCCAUCCUUGCAAACAAAUCAUGGUUGGUUAAUCAUCUGUAAACAACAAAUAGAACCCAUCUCUUGCUGUGAUGUUUCAACCCAGAACCAUAGCUUCUCCCUGGCUAGUUUGCGGCCCUGUCUGCUCUAAAACAGAGGAACUCAGCAAGAGCAGCUGAAAAUAAAAGUGCUCUGAAGUUUGGGGAAACGGGCAGGAGGGAAACGAACCAGAAAUAGGGAAACAAGUCGCGGUUUGUUUGCUUGCUUGCAAGACAGUUUAAGCAACAAACUAUGUUUAAUGUAUACCAUGGCAUAAUGUGCACACACAGCUGAUGACAAAGGCCACAGCUAGACCUAAGGUUUAUCCUGGGAUCAUCCAGGGUUCACCCCUGCCUGAGCACUGGAUCUCCUGUGUGUCACCUAGAUGAACAGGUUUGACCACUGGACAAUCCAGGGAUAAACCUUAGGUCUAGCUAUGGCCAAAGUGAAACCUAAAUUGUCUAGAAUGUACAUUAGAUUGCUCUUACAGAGGUCUAUUAAUGACAUUCAGAUGGCACAGUGUCCAGAGGGGCUUGCUUUUUAAAGGUCUUCAGGGCCGGCCUAACACACUUUGGCACCUUAGGCAGAAAAUCCUAACCUGUCUGUUAGGAUAGACAGCUGCCUCCGAAUACUGUAUAUCAAACUGGUUUUGCAGACAAUAGCUUUGAUGGUGCCUGAAGUGGGGAAAGAGUGUUUUACUUUUGUUUUGUAACCUACUUGAUGAGAUGUGUGAUGGGGGCACUGAGAAGGUGGUAGAUGUUAUACAGAGGCACAACUGUGCUUUUAAAGUUAAGCCAGGUAGGACAGAUUGUAGGAGGCACCACAAUGGAGAUUCGAGCACUAAACUGUUCUGUAUUUUUGUCUUUAACCAAAAAAAAAUUCUUGGUAAGAAAAAUAGAAGAAGUGGUGGGUGGGAAAACACAGGAAGAUUACAAAUGGAAAAUGAUGUCAUCUGGACCCCCUGUAAAAUUCCAUGAUGCAGUUGCAUACUGAAAGCCUUGUCUGAAAAUACUCUGUCUGCAUUCUCCCUCUUUCAACCUUUCCUGCCCCUACAUACAACCUUUCACUACUAAUGCAUGUGAUUAUCUUGAUAGCAAAAUCAUUCUCUUGAGUGCUGAACUUUAUGUAGCUUGAAUGUCACCAUCCACACACGAGAGAGAAGGUAUAUGAGCAGGCUUGGGUAAGCCCCAAAUUUUGCAGAAGUACGAGAGAGAGAGAGAGAGAGAGAGAGAGAGAGAGAGAGAGAGAGAGAGAGAGAGAGAGAAGAAUUUUGGGGUUAAAGAACCACUCCAAGCAUCCCACACACCUUCUAAACUAGCCCAUUGAGGUCUGGAUGUGUUUCGUGGGCACAGAAUGCUGACUGAUUUGUUGGGGCUGGAAAUUGAGUGGGGAGGGAGAACGGAAUGGAGUAUCGUGGAAAAGACUGGCUGGCUAGAACAAAGAAGAGGAACAUUCUGCACUGCAACAUUUUGUUGCAGAUCCCACUUUUUCUCUCUGUUACCCAAAUAAAAACAGAGGGUCACUGUGUGGCUAAAUGGCUA